ACGAACGAAACUGCUAGCCAUCAAUUCUUCAACCCCAGCGAGAGCAAGACACGCUAGCAGCGGAAUCAGACUGACGAGCCCCAGAAGCCAAGCCAAGGGAACGCACCCGCCGGAGCCCCGGUCCACGGCCCCAUGCCCUUCCUCUCGACGCCCUCGUUCGACCUCUCCGCCGGCGCGGAGCCCACACUCGGCCCGCGCCCUCCUCCUCCUCCUCCCCCGCCCGCCGCGCCUCCAUCGCAGCCGCAGGUGCCCGAGGCGGCGGCGAGGCGCCUGCGGGAGGCGGAGGAGCGGCUGCGCGAGGCCAUCCAGGAGCUCCACCAGAGCCACGGCCGGGAUGAGGAGGCCGCCAAAGGGGGUGGGUGGGGGUGCUGCGUGCACCAGGGGGAGUCGUGCGCGGCGCACGCGGCGGGGAACCUGUGCCAGACCUUCCUGCUCUCCUACGGCGUCCGUGUCGGCAUCGGGAUCCUCCUGCGCGCCUUCAAGCUCGCGCGCCGCAGAUCCUACGCCUCGCUCCUCGAUCUCAAGCAACUGGUUUCGGAGAAAGAUCUAAUAGUAAGGGAGGAAGCUUGCCGGGUAGGGUUACUUUUUGGAGGAUUCACUGGAUCAUAUCAUGCACUGCGAUGUUUCCUUAGGAGAUUUCGCAAAAAGGAAACACCAUUCAAUGCAAUAUUAUCAGGUUCAGUGGCAGGCUUGGCGAUACUAGCACUAGAUGAUUCGAGUAGGAGACGCACCCUUUCUCUAUAUCUUUUAGCAAGGCUUGCUCAGUGUGCAUAUAACUCUGCAAAGUCUAAAAAUAGAUUCCACUUCUGGGGUAGCCAUUGGAGACAUGGAGAUGCAUUACUUUUUUCUGUCGCAUCUGCCCAGAUUAUGUAUGCUUUUGUAAUGAGGCCUGAAAGCUUACCAAAAUCUUACCGAGACUUCAUCCAAAAGACAGGACCAGUUGCAGAACCUGUUUACAAGGCUGUCAGAGAUAGCUGCAGAGGUGGCCAUGUGGAUCUCAUUGGCCUCUCGGCCUAUUUCGCAAACAAGAAGAAUUCAAAUUUGAUAAAUUUAACAAGAAGUCCCUCAAUUAUUCCAUGCUCUGUUAUUCAUCCUGACGGAGCAUCGUGCUUGGCUCAUAAUGUUACUGUCACUUCAUCAACAUUCAAGAAAACGUUCCCUCUGUAUUUCUCAUUGACAUUUGUCCCCUUUGUUGUUCUACGUCUUCAAAAGUUUUUGGAAUCCCCAGCUGCAACGUGCUGGCGUGCUCUUGUGGGUGCAGUUCGCUCUACCACUUUUUUGUCUGCGUUUGUCACUCUCUUCCAGUCUGCCAUCUGUUUGCACCGUAAAGUUGCAAGCAAAGACCACAAACUUGUGUAUUGGUUUGGUGGUUUACUGUCUGGUCUUUCGAUUCUCCUGGAGAAUAAAGCAAGACGAGCGGAGUUAGCUCUCUAUGUACUUCCCCGUGCUGGAGAAUCUCUAUGGUAUAUAUUGAUCAACCGCCACCUCCUCCCAAAUAUAAAAAAUGCUGAGGUGGGUCUUUUCUGCAUGUGCAUGGGAGGGAUCAUGUACUUUCUGGAGUACGAGCCAGACACCAUGGCUCCAUUCCUUAGAGGCCUGAUCCGGCGUUUCCUGGCGAGCAAGAUAACCAACCCAAGCCCGCCUCCGAAUCGCAACACCUCCUACUCCUACCUUCAGACGCUGAACGUGUUGGAGCAGUCAAAAACGCAUCCUACCCCGGAGAAUGGCCUCCCUACGUCAGAGACGUAUACCCUUGAAUCAAUUCCUGGACUUUAAGAGUUAACAGUUACUCGGACUAGUAGAUAUCACACUCGUGGUAGUCUUUAGUCUGCGAUUGUAAUAAACAAAUUAUGGGUGCGUUUCAGGAGGGGUAGGUGACUAGGUGUUGGCGCCCCUUGCACACAUAAAAGGGGCAACGUGUAUCUGUCGUGAGUGGAGCAUUCUAAAGCGAUUCUUGUUCAUACCCUUUUCGUUAUAGGCUAUCCAUGUUCAAGAAUUAUCUAUGUAAAAGUCUUGCAGUUUAACAGGCUUCGUCUUCUCUAAAUGGCACUGUUUGAUUCCUGAA